CAACUUUUUGCCCAUUUACAUAUACGAUCACGAUAAAUAUGUCAUUCUUAAUUCUGCAUAGCACCUUCUGAUAGUAAUAACUUUUGAUAUUUCCGGAUGUAGUAGAAAACACUCAUGAAGAAAUGGCGGGAAAACAACUGAGCCACAAUCGGUUCGACUUGCUUAACAAAAUCAGGGAGCUUACGCGAUCAAUCGUUGAAGAUAUAUGUGGCGGUCGAUCGCCGAUUUUACGAAUUGAUCAGUUCAGUUCAUAUUGCGCCGAUGGUUUUGGAGACUGCUGUUGCAGCUAUAACUUGGCAAGUAGAAAGGAAAUUCUCACGCUGCAGAGAGAAAGUCAAGUACGGAGGUUGGAUUUAUUGCUACGGGUAUUGGUAAUAGUUCAGCAACUUCUUCAAGAAAAAAAGCAUUGUUCAAAAAGAGAUAUAUAUUACAUGCACCCUUCAGCUUUUAAAGAACAGUCCGCUGUUGACAGGGCAAUUAAUGACAUUUGCAUUCUUCUGAAGUGCAGUCGUCACAACUUGAAUGUGGUAUCUGUUGGAAACGGGUUGGUGAUGGGUUGGGUGAGAUUUUCUGAAGCUGGGAGAAAAUUUGAUUGCAUUGGCAGUCCUAACAAGACAUACCACAUUCCUGUCCAGGUGGAAGACGUGGAAGAUAUAAUCAGUUUGGCAGAAUAUAUCUUAAUUGUGGAGAAAGAAUCAGUUUUCCAGAGGUUGGCAAAUGAUCAAUUCUGUAGGCAAAAUCGCGCCAUAGUUAUCACUGGUAGAGGGUACCCUGAUAUUCCCACAAGAAGAUUUUUGCACCUCCUCGUUGGAACUUUGCAUCUGCCGGUGUAUUGCUUGGUGGAUUGUGAUCCAUAUGGCAUUGAUAUCUUAGUUACGUACAGGUUUGGUUCUAUGCAAAUGGCUUAUGACGCCAAAUAUCUACGCAUCCCUGAGAUUCGUUGGCUUGGAGCUUUUCCAUCAGACUCUGAGAAUUAUCAACUCCCGCAGCAAUGCCUGCUAAAUUUGACAGCAGAAGAUAAGCAAAAGGCUGAGGCCAUAUUACAUCGGUGUUACAUGGAAAGAGAAGUCCCACGCUGGAGGUCUGAACUCCAGUUGCUGCUGGAUAGAGGAGUCAAAUUCGAGAUUGAAGCAUUAUCAGCACGGUCGCUCACAUUCUUGUCACAAAAAUAUAUACCAUACAAGAUCCAGAGGGGACUGCAUCUAUAGUUUACUUUCUAAUGCAUAAAUAAUAUGUAGGCAAGCCCAUUAAUAUUAAUUUACUUUCUAAUCCAACAAAUUUC